ACUUGCUUAAUAUUAUUCUAAAAUGUGUGACGACGACGUAGCUGCGUUAGUAAUUGACAAUGGAUCUGGAAUGUGUAAAGCCGGAUUUGCCGGAGAUGAUGCUCCUCGAGCUGUGUUUCCCUCUAUUGUUGGAAGACCCCGAUAUCAGGGAAUUAUGGUCGGCAUGGGACAAAAAGACAGUUAUGUAGGUGACGAGGCGCAGAGUAAACGGGGAGUUCUCACUGUUAAAUAUCCUAUAGAGCACGGUGUUGUCACUAAUUGGGACGAUAUGGAGAAGAUCUGGCAUCAUACAUUCUAUAAUGAAUUAAGAGUCGCGCCAGAGGAGCAUCCCGUUUUGUUGACGGAGGCUCCCCUAAACCCCAAGGCCAACCGCGAGAAAAUGACGCAGAUCAUGUUUGAGACCUUCAACACUCCAGCUAUGUAUGUUGCCAUUCAAGCUGUCCUGUCUUUAUAUGCAUCAGGACGUACGACUGGCAUAGUGCUGGACAGCGGUGAUGGAGUGUCUCAUACAGUACCGAUUUACGAAGGAUAUGCUUUACCUCAUGCGAUUUUACGCUUAGAUCUAGCCGGCCGCGACUUAACAGAUUAUCUGAUGAAAAUUCUGACUGAAAGAGGCUACACCUUUACAACUACCGCUGAGCGUGAAAUCGUGCGUGACAUCAAGGAAAAGCUGUGUUACGUUGCCUUAGACUUUCAUUGUGAUAUAGAGACUGCAAACGACCUAGAAAAGAGCUACGAAUUACCGGAUGGCCAGGUCAUAACAAUCGGUAGUGAGCGCUUCCGUUGCCCGGAAGCAAUGUUUCGGCCAAGUAUCCUGGGCAUGGAAUCUUGUGGCAUACAUGAGACGACAUAUAAUUCGAUCAUGAAGUGUGAUGUCGACAUCCGUAAAGAUUUGUACGCCAAUUUAGUGCUUUCGGGUGGCACUACCAUGUAUCCUGGCAUCGCCGAUCGGAUGCAGAUAGAGAUAGCGAAGCUUGCGCCACCAACUAUGAAGAUCAAAGUAAUUGCGCCGCCUGAAAGGAAAUACUCGGUGUGGAUCGGCGGCUCGAUCCUCGCUAGUCUCAGUACGUUUCAACAGAUGUGGAUUUCUAGACAGGAAUAUGACGAGCUAGGACCGUUUAUCGUGCACAGAAAGUGCUUUUGAGAUGCCAUCAUCCAGAACGCUUUUCAACCGAUCCUUAGUGGACUUUAAUACGCAGGAUAACAGAGAUAUUUAUUUUUUUUCCUCUGAAUAAUUUAUUUCCUAAAUAAUUUUCUUUUACAUAUUAUCUCACUCUUCACUCUUCUUAAAAAAUAAUUUUUAUUUAUCGAUAAUUUUCUUACCUCUUGCUAAAGAUAUUUAGAGCAUAAACUCACAAUAAAUGAAGUCUACAUCUCAUCGUCGAUUCUCGUUUCUGCAUUCGCAAGCUUUAAAGAUGAAUUAAAAUCUAAAUUAGGGAAUUUGUAUACAUCGAACAGAGUCAUUAAUUCAAUGUCCUUUUUUAUUUCUAAAAUGUACUCGAUGUUAUAUUACAUAAGGACGUUUAAGGCGAAUGUGACAUUGGAGAACCUAGUUCUCCCUACGUCCUUCUUAAAAACUUUCAUACAACUUUUGACACACAGUACAUCUGCCGACGUAACAAAAUUCUCUCUGUUGACGCAUAUACAUUAAAAAAUAAUAAUUUAUAUAUUCUUUUUCUCAUAAAGCGUAUAUAUUUAUGUGUCGUAUAUAUUUAUAAAUGUAUGUACUAAGAACUCAAUUAAUAAUUCCACAACUAAAAAAAGUUGUCAUUUACAAGAUAUUGAUAAUUACAUUCGUAGUAUCGUAGCAUCAAAUGCUGUUUUGUUCAUGAAAUUCUAUUAGUUUUCAUGGACGGUUAAUAUAUUAUUUUACAGAAUAGAGUAGAGUUCCAUUUGAAAGAAUCCACUCAAAUAUCUCACUGCAUUUUUUACUUCAAAAGAGACAUAAGACGAAUCUUGCUCUGACCUCGCCGCCAUCCAAAUUAAUUAUUAUGUUUCUCUCGAAGUAAAAAAACUUUUGUCUAAAACUUUUUCGAUUUCUGGGAUAUUUGAGUGGAUUCUUUCAAAUGGGACACCCUACAUAUAUAUCUUAAAAAUAGAACGUAAAAAAAACCUAUCUCUAAGGAAAAAUAUACAAUUUUCA